AUAAGGAAAUCAAAGGUGAAAGUAAAGUUUCACAUCUGCCAUUUCAGCGCACAAAAGGGACAUCGGAUUCAAUACAUAACUUUGAUUAAGUACAUUAAAACUAGAUUUAUCCUGCGUUAACCUAAAUUCAGAGAAUAGAUAGACUAGACUAAAAUGUCUAGACCACAAAGACUACGCUGAGCGUCCCGUAUCACAGCCCUCAAUCAUGAGUUCCUCACAGGAAACAGAGGAAGAUGAGGGUGGUGAAGAAAGCAGUCCCCAGUCUGUGCAGUCAGCAGCAUCUCCAGCACCCAGCUAUCUGUCCAUGAAGAGUGACCAGUCAAUGGGUCCGCCCAUUAAUUUCAGAGAUGGAGUUUUGGAUGGAGCGUUUAGCCCCCAGUCUGAACAGUCAGCAGCAUCUCCAGCACGCAGCUAUCUGUCCAUGAAGAGUGACCAUUCAAUGGGUCGGCCCAUUAAUUUCAGAGAUGGAGUUUUGGAUGGAGCGUUUAGGGCUAAGCAGAGGAAAAUAUCUGCCUCCACCUCACACCUCUCUGUGAAGAGUGAGAGUAUAACGGAUCACCCAUGUACCUUCAGUGGAAGGCCAUAUCACUGUGCACUGACAGCCAGUCUGCUGGCAGAGGACCACUUCAGAUGCUCAGUGUGCACAGAUGUUCUCAACGAGCCAGUCUCCUUCCCCUGUGGACACAGUUUCUGCAGGCAGUGCAUUGAGACCUAUUGGAACAAUCCAGCGAAGAAAAAAGUAUACGAGUGUCCCGGGUGCCAUCGGAGAUACUUAACAUGUCCCGUUCUCUUCACAAAUUUAACCUUGGAUAAGGUGAUCCGGAAACUCCAGCAGACAGGAUUCAAGGUCCCUGCACUUCCCCCUCACCGCUACGCUGGACCCGGAGAUGUGGCCUGUGAUCUCUGCACUGAGAAACAGCUCAAAGCUGUGAAGUUCUGUCUGACCUGCGCUGCCUCUUACUGUGAGAGCCACAUUAGGCAGCACUACACCGUAGCGGCACUGCAGAGACACACACUGAUGGAGGUGACUGGAAACCUGGAUCAGAAACUCUGCAACGAAGAACGACAGACUGCAUUAAGGCUGGAAGCUAAAUUGGAACAGAUGAAUACAGAGUUUGCUGAGGAAAAAACACAAAAAAACAAACUGACGCAGAAUGUAAAGAAUCGAUUCACUGAGUUAACCUGUUAUGCAAAGAGGUCAUCCAAAGAUUGGGCAACCGACUGUUUUGUGCUGGCUGCCCUUGGUCGUCCCCUAGACCUUGGGAUGAUGUAUGACUGCUGCAAUGAUUGUCUUUGCUCAGAUGUCGGUCUAUGGGAUGAGAGCACAAUAGCCGACAUGCGUCAGUCUCUGCCUCGGCCUCACACACAGGUGACGUGUAUUGAGGGAGACUCCCUACAGGACAGAUUCAGGGCUCUGGAUGUUUCCACUCCUCUAAGGGCCAGUGUCUUGUCUGGGCUGGUGGAGGUCGGUGGUGCUGCUGGAUACCUGAACCAUCCUGCCCAGUCCAAAAACAAGGACCGGGUCACUCUACAGUACAGAACCACUACCAGGCUGGACAUGCUCAGUCACAGGGUAUUUGAAGAAACCGUCAAAAGGGAUUCAAAGGCAACACACGUGGUGAUGGCUGUUCUCUAUGGAGCUCAAGCAUUCUUUAUCUUUGAUGACACGUGUGUCAGUGGAGAGAAAAGGGCUGGUGGAGGAGAAGCCGAUAUGCACAGUGUUAUCAAGAAGAUGGCAACCUCCUUCAGUGCAGAUCAUAUGUUAUCCAGCUUGAGUGACAAUGAGAAAAUAAACAGUUUGUUGUAUCAGUGUACACUCCACAGUGAUGUAGACCAUAUCAAUGGCUCCAUGACUUAUGGCCAAGCGGUACAAGCUCUUGAAUCUCUCCCGAAGCACCUUGGACAACAGGGAGAGAAAGCAGUGCCUCUGUACGCCUGGCUCUAUCCUCUGAAGAAUCUGGACACAUCAGUUCAGAUCACUCAAGGCUUUCUCUCCGAGGCCGAGGACGUGGUGGAGCAUCUGAGGCAGGUCACCAUGAGAUGCCAGGACAUGAUGACAUUAUUACACAUCAACGAUGAUGUGAUAAAAUGGUUCCCCAGUGUGAAGGAAAAACUUGCAGAAUUUUCUGAGCUGCUGCAGAAGUACCAGUCCGAGUUUAAGAGAGGGCUGGCUAUGUCAGUAAAGACCGUGAGAGAGAAUGAAGAGAUGGAUGGAAAGAGGCUGAGAGACAUUCUCCAGAACCAUGACCAAUCACCAUUCUGUUCUCAGCACACACAUCAGUGGCUUAACAACAAAGAGGAGGAGAUAAAGGCUCUGCUUAUCUGCAAAGCAAAAAACAUCCCCAUUGUAAAAGAGGUCCAGGAGAAAGCAAAAACCAUCCCCAUUGUAAAGGAGGUCCAGGAGAAAGCAAUGACCAUCGACAUGUGGGAGGAGGUCUAUAAAGAAUUAAGAAACAUCGCCAGAGGGAAGAAGGUCCAGAAAAAAGCAAAACACAUCCACACAGGGAAGGAGGUCCAGAACAAAGCAAGAAACAUCCACACAGGGAAGGAGGUGCCGACACAAAACAGGACGCUGUGCUUCACGCUCACCUCACUGGUGGGUGAAGAUCCAUACCUUUCCACCAUGAAGCAAUAUAUACAUUCUGCACUAGAGACCACCACAAACCAAUCAGGGAUCACUGGACAGCAGCAGACACAGCAUGCCUUCAAGCCUCCAGAUUUAACAGAAAAAAUACAGUCUGACCUCCACUUGUUCACCACAUCCAAUGAAGACAGAAGAGAUGGAGAGAAAUUCAAUUUUAUUGUUGCAGCUAUACCAGAUGUCACCUUUCCUGGAUCCCGCAUUGGUCUGUAUCAAAAUGGUCGUCUUAUCGGCCGUAAUUUCAAGCUUGGAUCAAAGCCAAAUCCAGCCGAAGUAACAGAGAUUAAACAGAACAGCUUCACUCUCAAAUUUCCUCAGUCAAAGGUCACGAGCCCUGUGAAGUACAGAAUAGAGUAUACCGCACAAAGUGAUGUUCAAUGGACUGUUAGAUAUUUACCAUCUGAUCCUGGAUCUGUGGGACUGGGUCCUGACCACUGUAACACUUGUAAGUUGCCUGGUUUGAAACCUGACACUAAAUACCAGGUUAGAUACAGUGCUGUGGACAGCUCUAGUAUGAGUGACUUCAGCAUGGUCACCAUGGUAAAGACAAACCCGAGGUCCACACCUGGACAACCCCGUGUGAAACUGGUGGACGGAGAAAAUGUCAGAGUCACAUGGCGGAUAGCGGAAGAGGAAGAUGGCGGUCCCGUGCUACGUUAUGCCGUGGAGUUCAGAGAGGCGGGGCUUGAAGGCUGGUCCAGUGUGUCAACAACAGGGCCUGAACGUACAUGCAUUAUAUCUCAGACCUCCGGUACUUGCUACCGAGUCAGAGUCUCUGCAGUCUAUGGAGAGGGGGACACAAGUAAACCCAGCACAGAAACAGACGUCCCUGUAAAUGUCUGGUCCAUAGACCUCUCACAAAGGAAAGCCUCCUUCCUCCGAGAUGUUCUGAAAGUCCAACCGGAGAAGAAACCAGUAGAGCUGAAGGGCUGGUCAGAUGACGAGAGUGAAGUGAGGAGUUUCCUUCAGUGUCUGCCCUACAUCUCACAGCUGAGGUUUGUGAACAACAACAACAAUGCAGGCGUUAUCCAGUUUGUGCUCAAUCUGAGUGUCGCAGCAGCAGACCAUGAUGCAGGGACAGGAUGGAGUUGGUCGAAGUUCCUCUCUCUGGUAUGGAGCUACAGCUCCUUCCCAUUCAAUGAAGAUGUCCAUCCUUCAGAUCAAUGUGUCUUCCUUCUGGAUCUUUACUCGUGUGCAAUGGCCUCUGGGACUAAAAAGGGCAGGAGUCUCAUUCCAUUACUUCGGCCAGUUUACCAGUCAGCUCCAGCAGUCUGGUAUGUGAAUCUUGCUAGAAGAAAGGCCUCCGUCUUCCUCGAAGUUCUGAAACUCCAACCAGUGAAAAGGCCAAUGCAGGUGAAAUGCUGGUCAGAUGAAGAGAGUGAAGUGAAGAGUUUCCUUCAGUGUCUGCCUUACGUCUCACAGCUGAGUUUCAACGACAACAAUCUUGUAGACUUCCUACAUAAAUAUAGAGAGCAGGCCCAGCAUUUUGCCGCUCUCUUCCAAGCUCAUGGCUUUACCCUGUCAUUGGGAGGAGAGUUACCCAGGCAAACCUGCACUUCUGUGGGGAGAAUCUUGGCCCUCUGUACCUCAGGAGUGAAACUCGGUCUCACACCCAGCAAGAUUUCUCUCAGAGGAGCUUCGAUUCUCUUCAGACAUCCGUUGAGGCUACACAACCUCAUACUAAAUGAGAUCAUGACAGUGAAACUGACCAGACUGCUUGCGACUGGUAGAGUCAGUGCUCCAAUGGGGAUUAAGGAGCUUUCGCUGGUUUUUGAGAACUCACAGCUAUCGGAGGAUGUGCUUUCUAGGGUCCUGAGUAGUGUGGCGUCCCUGCUGAGACUCUGGACUGUGCAGUGUCUGGACCUGACGGAGUGCACUAUCCACGGUCACUCUCUCAUCCUGCUGCUGGGUCACCAGGGCCCUCUGAAACUCAAACUUUGUCCAGACACUCUGCAGCAGCUGGCUGUAGUUGUGCAUGAAGCUCAGGACAAGGACCUGACUCAUUCAUUCUUAAAGAAAGUUGGUGGAGACCUGACCUCUUGCAGGCUGGACUGGGAAGUGCUUCUUUCUCUGCUGCAGCAUUCAACCCACAACAUCACUGUGAAUCUCAGAGAGAGCAGGCUUUCAGAGAGAAACAUCAAAGAUCUUCGUCCCUUUCUGGGCAGGAUUAUUUUAAAGAGUGUUGAGAGGAAUCUGCUGCUGCUGUUCCUCCACUGCUACGCUGCCUCAAAGUUCCAGCCAGGGGCAACAGCCCUGCUUGGGGCUCUGCAGCACAGGCUGGACUUCUCCUCUGUGGGCCUGUCAACAAAGGACCAGGGGAAGCCUCUGUGUCUGAGCUCUGCUGACUGCAAGGUCCUCGCCAGAGUCCUGAAGCAGAGCCGUUGCGCCACAGAGCUGAUCCUACGCGAUUGUGAGAUUUCAGACAGAGCACUCAGGAAGCUGCUGCUGAAAAUCCCACGCAGAGUUAAUCUCAGCCCCAGUAAAGCCAUAUUGGUUCAACUUGUACAAACUUGUAACAAGAAUAAUGCAGUGCAUCAUGCAGGAUCCCUGGUCAGAGUCCUGGGUGGGGAGAUGGACCUCAGUGAGACCAAGCUGGAUCAGAAGGCCUGUAGAUCUCUGGCCCUGGUUCUCGAGCAUUCAAAAGGGUUGUCAGAACUGGACCUCAGCCGCUGCCAACUCACAGACCACCACCUACAGCCUCUGCUCACACACCUGCACAAAAUCCAAGUCCUGGAUCUAAGUCAUAAUGCAAUUUCCAACUGUUUGAGUAAGAAGAUACUGAAAGCUGUCUCCACCAGCAAAGGCCACAUAGUUUGGCUCACAAACAACAGAAUGAAAGCCAAACCACUGUUCUAGUCUGCAUCCGUCGUUAAGAUGACAGAAUCUUUCUCCAUGUAAUCUUGCACACACACGUUUGUGGGAAAGUUGUCAUUCAUACCAAUAUUCAUAAAAUGUUGGAGGCCAUUUUUAUUAUUGAGAGCUAUGUAAAGAGACUUUCCCGGAAGAUGUGCUUACUUUUUAGUGAGUAGUUCUGAAAGUAGCGCCCAGGAGACAAAACGGCUCGCCAAAAAUGUAUACUAUGUCAUAUACUAUGUUAGAACACCUACUCGUUCAAGGUUUUAUUUAUUUAGACUAUUUUCUACAUUGUAUAAUAAUAGUGAAGACAUCAAAACUAUGAAAUGACACAAAUGGAAUCAUGUCGUAACCCAAAAAAGUGUUAAACAAAUCUAAAUAUAUUUUAAAUUAUGAGAUUCUUCAAAUAGUCACCAUUUGCCUUGAUGACAGCUUCGCAGGCCUCCCACUCCUCUUUCUAUUCUGGUUAGGGCCAAUUUGCCCUGUUCUGUGAAGGGAGCAGUACACAGCGUUGUACAAGAUCUUCAGUUUCUGGGCAAUUUCUCACAUGGAAUAGCAUUCAUUUCUCAGAACAAGAAUAGACUGACGAGUUUCUGAAGAAGUUCUUUGUUUCUGGCCAUUUUGAGCCUGUAAUCGAACCCACAUUUACAUGACGCUCUUAUCCAGAGCAACUUACAAAUUGCAUAGCAUUGAGAUUUUCACAGCGUUUCACUUUCUUACAUAUUUCAGUGUAGUUACAUCAUAUUUCAAUACUAGUUACAUACAGUAUAUAUAUUUUUUUUUUAACUAGGCAAGUCAGUUAAGAACAAAUUAUUAUUUUCAAUGACAGCCUAGGAACAGUGCCUUGUUCAGGGGCAGAACGACAGAUUUGUACCCUGUCAGCUCGGGGAUUUGAACUUGCAACCUCACGGUUACUAGUCCAACACUCUAACCACUAGGCUAACCUGCCGCCCCACAAAUGCUGAUGCUCCAGAUACUCAACUAGUCUAAAGAAGGCAAAUGUUAUUGCUUCUUUAAUCAGGACAACAGUUUUCAGCUGUGCUAACAUAAUUUCAAAAGGGUUUUCUAAUGAUCAAUUAGCCUUUAAAAAUGAUAAACUUGGAUUAGCUAACGCAGCGUACCAUUGGAACACAGAAGUGAUGGUUGCUGAUAAUGGGCCUCUGUACGCCUAUGUAUUUAUUCCAUUAAAAAAUCUGCCGUUUCCAGCUACAAUAGUCAUUUACAACAUUAACAAUGUCUACACUGUAUUUCUGAUAAAUGUUAUGUUAUUUUAUGUUAUUUUGCUUGUCUUUCAAAAACAUGGACAUUUCGAAGUGACCCCAAACUUUUGAACUAAAGUGUAUAUGUAUAUAUAUAUAUUCAUAAUCCAUUCCUUACUUAGAUUGACACGUAUUUUGGGUAUAUGGUUGUGAAACUGUUAGAUAUUACUUGUUAGAUAUUACUGCACUGUCGGAGCUAGAAACACAAGCAUUUUGCUACACCCGCCAUAACAUCUGCUAAAAACGUGUAUGUGACCAAUAAAAUUAUUUGAUUUAGAGCGUUGGUGACUGUAACCAUACUGCUAACAACAAUUUAAUAACGUUUUUUUUGCCGACGUUUACUGACACCGGUCAUAUUCAACGGCUGUUGUGCGUUUGUAAAUUCCUCAGUUAUUCUGCGCUCUGGGACACUGAGGGGUGGCAGGUAGCCUAGUGGUUAAAGCGUUAGACUUGUAACUGAAAGGUUGCACGAUCGAAUCCCGAGCUGACGAGGUAAAGAAUCUGUUGUUCUGCUCCUGAACAAGGCAGUUAAACCACUGUUCCCCAGUAGGCUGUCAUUGAAAAUAAGAAUUUGUUCUUAGUUAACUUGCCUAGUUAAAUAAAGGUCAAAUGUAAAAAAAACAUGCAGACGAGAUUUCAGUGUGACUGUCACACCCUGGCCUUUGUUAUAUUGAUUUUCUUGAUUAGUUUAGUUAGGUCAGGGUGUGACAUGGGGGAUGUUUGUGUGUUUUGUCUAGUUUAGGGUGUGUGUAUUGUUUAGGGGGGUUUUUAGUAUGUAUGGGGUUGUGUUCAGUGUAGGUGUUUAGGAAAGUCUAUGGUUGCCUGGUUUGGUUCUCAAUCAGAGACAGCUGUUUAUUGUUGUCUCUGAUUGGGAGCCAUAUUUAAGGCAGCCAUAGGCUUUAGGUGUUUGUGGGUAAUUGUCUAUGUCUAUGUUGCAUGUAUGCACUUAGUUCAUUUUAGCUUUACGAUCGUUUAUUAUUUUGUUCGUUUAGUGAGUGUUUGUUUUUCUUCAUUAAAAGAAGAUGUCUUUUUUCCA